AUGAUCCUUCGUCUGACAAACUCUGAUGCCACAUCUAUGGGAGCAGCGAAUCGUGUCGAGAAUGAGGUUGCUAUGAUGACUCUAGCUGCGGCUGCGCUAGACCCAAAUUUCGAACCCAACGUUGUGCCUCGUCUAUAUGGCUGGGCUGGAAACACAUCUAAAAAAGGGGAGCCACAGCAAGGUUGGAUCCUCCAGGAGCUCAUGCCAGGUGUUCCUCUAGACGAAAAUCUAGACAACAUGGAACUCGAGGAGAAGAAAGAAAUAUUUGCACAGAUCGCAAAGCUCCUCAAAGGCCUUCAGGACUUCCCGCUACCCGCCUCUAUUACUAAAUUUGGAGGACUGACCUUUGAUAACGAGAACAAUAUAAUCAGUGCACCAAUGACCACCACUAGUACUGGUCCCUGGCCCUCGUACGAGGCUGCAUUUCAAGCACGGCUUAAGCAAGCUCUGAAGAAAACCGACGAGAAUUCUUAUAUCCGGGGCUGGCAUAAGAAUGGCGUCCGGGACCGACUAGAGGCCUUUAUAGAGCGAGGGCUCCCGGAAUCUUUCAAGCAGCUUGAAUCGCGCGACGACAAGGCAAUAAUCCACGCAGACUUUACACCCAACAACCUAUUAUUCGACAUUUCCUCAGGUCGCAUCACAGGGUUAAUUGACUUCGACUUUUCGUGCGUUCUCCAUCCUUCAUACGAGUUCCUUUGCUCCUUUAGUGGGUUCGGCGGCAAGUUUGGGGGCUGGCCCGACAUUGAGGCCCGCGAAGAAAGGGCCCUAAAGGAAGCCAAAUUACACGGCUUCCCAGACCCUCUCCCCGAUGACCAGCAAGACUGCGAGGGAGUUCAGUGGAAAGUUGCGAAGGCCUGGGAAGACGCCCUUGAGAAUGAGGGUUGCAAGCGUCCGAUGACAAUCCGAGGGAUUGACAUUGUCGCUGAUGUCGAUGCCCUGCUUAGUUCUAUCCUGCCCUGGCGCGUGACAAAUUCAGACAUUCUGAGGAGGCAAACCCAUCAAGCCAUUCAAAACUGCCGAAACGAGAACGAGAAAGUCCUGGUUGAGAUUCUGGAGCACAUCGGGUUCUAG